AUGUCAGCAGAAUACGAACGUGCCGUGAAGCAUCGCGGACAUUUCCAUAUACAUACCAGCACGUGUUGCCACCUUCCAGACCUGAGUAGUGAGAUCUUCGCUGUCAAAAUCAGUAACGGAUUACCGGAAGAGUAUCUUACGCCGUCGAGCGACGAAGGCCAGGAAGCGGACGAUGACUCCACGGUCUUCUACAUUUACAAGAGUCCAACGGAGGUCACUGAAGUAUUCCAUUCUUACCUCCAAUGGCUGUACACCGACCACAUUACGGUCAAGUACUACACAUCCCAGGAAACCAACGAGAAGGGAGAAGAAAUGACCAUCGAGCAGCCCUCGCUGAUGUUCCUCAUUCGAUGCCACCUCCUGGGCGACAAAAUCAUGGAUGGCGCCUAUCAAGCUGCAGCCAUGCGCACACUGAUCUGCAAUUUCGACAAAGACAAGGCAUUUCCUUUCGACGUGAUCGUCUCCUGGAUUUACCAAGUCACGCCCCCGGGCUCACCUUUGCGCAAAUUGAUGGUCGACUUCUGGAGCUGGGAAGUACGGCAAGCACACACAGCCUGGAACACCCACGAAAUCGUCCAAGACACAAGCAUGGAUUUUACGCAUGACUUCAUCGAGAAUCUGCUGAAUGAGCAGCCGGUCCCCGGAGGCAUGCCGCCUUGGGUCGCUGCGCCUUGGAAGUACGGCUCGAUGGCGUGA